AGCAGCAGCAGCAGCAGGAAAGAAAAAGACGUCUGGAAAAUAUUACCCGUUUGCUGCUGCUGCUGCUGAGAAACCUCAUUGAAACAGUUACUCGGGCAGCAGCAAGCGGGAGCAACGGUACGUGAGACCACACAGUUGGCUGGAGCCCCUCUAUGACCAAAGGACAGAAGGACAAACAAGAUGUAUUGUGAGAGGUUUAUAUGCAUCCUGAGAAUACUUGGAACCACACUCUUCGGGGUGUCCCUCCUGCUGGGAAUCACCGCUGCUUACAUUGUGGGCUACCAGUUCAUCCAAACAGACAACUACUACUUCUCCUUUGGACUCUAUGGUGCUAUCCUGGCAUCACAUCUUAUCAUCCAAAGCCUGUUUGCCUACCUAGAGCACAGGAAAAUGAAACGGUCGCUAGAGACUCCAAUCAAACUGAACAAAACAGUUGCCCUUUGUAUUGCUGCCUAUCAAGAAGAUCCUGACUACUUAAGAAAAUGUUUACUUUCUGUAAAAAGAUUGACCUACCCUGGAAUUAAAGUUGUUAUGGUCAUUGAUGGGAACUCAGAAGACGACGUUUACAUGAUGGACAUUUUCACUGAAAUCAUGGGUAGGGACAGUUGUGCCACUUAUAUCUGGAGUAAUAACUUCCACGACAAAGGUCCUGGUGAGACAGAGGAGUCUCACAGAGAGAGCAUGCAACACGUAUCUCAGCUGGUCCUGUCCAACAAAAGUGUUUGCAUCAUGCAGAAAUGGGGUGGAAAAAGAGAAGUAAUGUACACAGCAUUCAAAGCACUGGGGAGAAGUGUGGAUUAUGUACAGGUCUGUGAUUCAGAUACAAUGCUUGAUCCAGCCUCAUCAGUGGAGAUGGUAAAAGUUUUAGAAGAAGAUCCAAUGGUUGGAGGAGUUGGAGGUGAUGUGCAGAUUCUGAACAAAUAUGAUUCCUGGAUCUCCUUUCUGAGCAGCGUGAGAUACUGGAUGGCGUUUAACAUUGAAAGAGCCUGUCAGUCCUACUUUGGCUGUGUACAGUGCAUCAGCGGACCUCUGGGAAUGUACAGAAACUCUUUACUCCAUGAAUUUGUGGAAGAUUGGUACAAUCAAGAGUUUAUGGGCUCCCAGUGCAGCUUUGGAGAUGACAGGCAUCUAACUAACAGAGUGCUAAGUCUGGGCUAUGCAACAAAAUACACAGCUAGAUCCAAGUGCCUUACGGAAACACCGAUAGAGUAUCUCAGGUGGCUGAAUCAGCAGACCCGCUGGAGUAAAUCCUACUUUAGAGAGUGGCUUUAUAAUGCCAUGUGGUUCCACAAGCACCAUUUGUGGAUGACCUAUGAAGCUGUAAUCACUGGAUUCUUUCCUUUCUUCCUUAUUGCCACAGUCAUUCAGCUGUUCUACAGGGGAAAAAUCUGGAACAUUCUCCUCUUCCUGUUGACAGUUCAGUUAGUUGGCCUGAUAAAGUCUUCCUUUGCCAGCUUCCUUAGGGGCAACAUUGUCAUGGUUUUCAUGUCACUCUACUCAGUGUUGUACAUGUCAAGUUUACUGCCAGCAAAGAUGUUUGCGAUUGCCACGAUAAACAAAGCAGGGUGGGGCACGUCAGGAAGGAAAACCAUUGUAGUUAAUUUUAUAGGACUCAUUCCAGUCUCCAUUUGGUUUACAAUCCUCCUAGGUGGCGUAAUUUUCACUAUUUACAAGGAAUCAAAAAAGCCAUUUUCUGAGUCAAAACAGACAGUUCUCAUCAUUGGCACAAUACUCUAUGCAUGUUACUGGGUUUUGCUUUUGACUUUGUACAUGGUUCUUAUCAACAAAUGUGGCAGGCGGAAGAAAGAGCAACAACAUUACGACAUGGUGCUAGACGUAUGAUGUUUCCGUGGAAGUUACCCAGAGUUGUAAAGCAACCCAACGACCUUGUAGUAUCUGUGGCAUCAGACAUAUGUUGCCAAGGGAAAUGGAUCACUGCUGCUGGGAAUAGGACACAUAUUCCUCUGGGUUCAUUUUCAUCCUGCCAAAGUAAGGAAA